AUGCCACCGAAGCUAGAGAUCGAGGACUCGACAGCGGACACCGAGAUCUUCGACCUGACCGCGGAGUCACCCGACAAGACACCCGUGCGCCUUCCGAGAGGACACGAUGGGAUGACCGUCCCCUCCAGCCAGACACCUGACAGCAUCACUCGCUCGGCCAGGAGAUCUAGUGCUAGAAGGCCACUCGCUGAGCUAUCAACAAACUUACAGGCAGCACCCUCGCCUCCCGCAGUCUACACGCAAUCGCCAUUCGGCAAGUAUACUAGGAAGGCACUGAAGAAGCCAGCUAGACCUCCGACUUGUCCGACUGUGGAAGACUCACAGUCAAAUUUGUGGUCUUUGAAAGCUACCUCGCCGAUCGCACAGCAGAACUCGGCAAACAAAGAGAGUGACGUCUUGGGAUCGUCUCCUCCCCUACUGGUGACGGGUGCCGCUUUAGAAGGGUUCGAGAUUCCUUCGACGAGUCAGAACAACCCGAGUCACUCAGUUGCAUCAGAACAGGUGCCUGCUGACACCAAUGGGAGGAAAGCGUCUGUAGAAGCAGAGCCUCCCGGCCCAGUUCUCGAUUGUCCACAAGUUUCAGAAGAAGGUCAGGUUGUCGUGGACGUGGCAGAGGGCAGGGUCGACGCGCGCGCAGUAGAGGACAAUGGCAAUCCGGUCCCCGUCCCGCGUACAAAGGAGCUAGAGCUGUCGGAUUUGAGCUCACAAUAUGUGCGGAUGGCUGUCAAUUUUGCUGUACCUGAUGAGGACGAAGCAGACUCUGACUUUGGAUCACCAAUACGUAACGACACUCAAUUCAAUCACGACGUAAAAGAGAGAACCUCGUCUCCAUUACCGACACCCAGCCGUCCUGCUUCGGCUGGUCACGACACGGCAACAAAGCCACUCGCUGUGUCGCAUGCGAGUCCAGCCAUCUUGCCCCAGCCAACAUUGCAGCAGAAUGGCUCUGGAACAAGCACUGAGAGUCUUGCUCUACCACCACCUCCGCCGCCACGGGAAGCCGCCACGGGAAGCCGGGGAUAUGUUACAAGCAGAGUCCCGCUUAACGAUACAGCACCUUCUUCUUCACCACCAGUGCAGCUCACCAAUACUAACACCAAAUCGACCACGCAACGCUCAGUCCGGCCCGCGUCGAUGGCGCAUCCUUCUCAAAUAUCCACACAGGAAGCUACACAAUAUACUGGCUACGGCGAGUCGUCUUUCGAACCACUCGAGACCCCCCGUGCGCCGCAGAGGGUCACCAUCAAGGACUCAAGCUCGAUCCGCCGAUCGAUCAGUCAGGUUCCUCAGCAUGUAACUUCGCAGCCGGAAUUCAACAUUGACCUCGAAUUGGGUGCAGCAGACGACGCAGAGCAAGAGGAAGUCCAAGGCAAUGAUGAGGAGUACGAUUUGGACCCUCCAUCCUCUGGUGUCGUUCCGGCGCCUGAUCUGCCUGGAGGAGGCGAGAAGCUGCCAGUCGUUCCUGCCAACCCAGUCUCUACCGAAAAGCUGGAUUCAUCAUCGCCAUCCCCGCCAGCCUCUCCUGUAGCCGUAGCCCUAGGACCCACGCAGACCAGGCUCGGGCAAGAGCAUCACGGGGUAGGCGCAAUUGAACGGCAUAAGCAUGGCAGAUCAACCUCGUGGGGCGGUGGGCGCACACAAGACCUACACUUCGAGUCUGGCGCCUCUCCACGACAGGCACGGUCUUCACCCAGACCUGCCCCUCGAACUGUCCCCGGUAAAAAGUUAUCGCCAGCUCGAAAACACAUCGCCCCCAAACUUCCCGUCGACUCAACUCGCAUCUCGCCAUCCACAACCAAGAAGAAGCAGUCCUCAUCCAAGAUCUCAAAGCGCGCUCCGUUGCCAAUCGAGAACGCUCCGUCGUCACCACUGCUGCACAGUCGCUCAUCGUCGCCUCCCGAAGGGGCUCUCGACCAGCUCAAAAAACCCCUCAAUGAAUACACUCAGCUCGAAGGUUACAAUAACGAGACCCAGUCAAACUUCACACAGGGCGGGCACGUGUCGGCGGCUUAUAUACAUCGGCAGCGUGAGAAAGGGCUGUUGCCGCCUGGGUGGACGCCAAAGUGCUUCAAAGUGCCUGGAUUCACAAGGCGGUGA